AUGGCUUUCUCCAAAGUCGACAUUGUCAACACAAUGGAAAAGUGUGAUCGCGCACUACAAGGGCUCAAAAGAGAAUCCUACCUGGCUGUUGACGGGGAAGGUGUAAACCUUAGCAAGACCGGUCCCUUAACCCUCCUGCAGGUAGGAACUAAGGACGGAGAGGUCUAUUUAUUUGAUGUCUUCACUGAGCCAAGAAUCCUUAAGACCGGAGGACUCAAGGCUAUUCUGGAAAGUGAGACAAUUGUGAAGGUGAUGCACUCCAGCAAGAACGACGCAACGGCGCUGUACUGGCAGUUCGGGGUGAAGCUGCACAACGUGUUUGACACGCAGGUCGCUCACAUGGAGCUGCAGCGAGCGGAGGGACGACGACUUCCCAGCCGCAUGAAGCUGACCGAGGUGUGUGGACUCUACUGCCCUCAGAAAGCCGACUUGCUGGAGGAGAAAGAGGAUGUACAGACGCGUUGGUCUAAGAGGGAAGGAGAGUUCUGGGCCAAGCGUCCAAUGACGCAGGAAAUGAUCGACUACGCAAGUCAGGAUGUCCUGGUCCUCAUACCAGAAAUCUAUAUCACAUUGAAGGGGCUUGUUAAUGAGAAAGGCCUGACUAGACAGGUGACCGAGCGAAUCAGUCUAGAAAUCGAGGCGGCGAUGGACGAGGAUGUGAGAAACAGGCUGAAAGAGGCCGCUGAUGCCGUGGUUCUUGAGAUUCUUCAAACCUUUGCGAGGACCACCAGGCCUCCAGACAGUCUGUCUGACAUAAUGGAUGAGGGAGACAAUACUGUUCCUAGCAGACACAUGUACGACGUCCUCUUCAGAGGCAUAUGUCACUCGGGAGAUGAGGCUCUUAAGCAGCUGGGAAAAGGAAUCGGAAGUCGACUGGACAAAAUCUUACUGAAAGACAUGGAGAGGAAGUACACCAGACAAACUCCCAUCCAACACAUCGCGGACUUUGAGAAACGCGUCCUAGACAGAUGCCUGCAUCCGUUAGGAGAAAAUGACCCCACCGUGACCCCAGUGUUGCUGCGCCUGUACUGGCUGCUGCAGGAAGAGAGCAUCGACUCAAGCAUGCAGCAGUUCAAUGAUAACCCAUCCACUUUCCGGAUCAACCCAGGCUACGUGAAAAAGCUUCGAUUCUUCCUCAGUGGAAAGGGCGUUCCCUCUCGACUGAAGACGAAGGCUCAAAGCUUCCUGAAAGAUUUGGAAGCCGCGGGACUAGUCGUCAGGCCGCCCCGUCGCAGGAAUUUUCAUUAUGACGACGAAUAA